AUGGAAAAGCGGCCCCGUCGGGUAUCCAGCAAUCGAUUGUCCAUCGAAGAGUUAACACCAGACGACAUGGGCUACGAUGGGGAUAUCGAGGUUCUCCUCCCUGAUCAGUACGAGGAACCCGACUCGGAUUUCGAGGACCACAAGACUCUGUGGAAAGUGUGGCCCGACACUGAUGACGAGUUGGCUGGUAACCUCCGGAGACUAUCCUGUCAUCCCCAUGUUCCUAGUCCAUCUAGUCGGGACGCCAGUGAAGGGGCACACAAACGCAGGUCGAGGGAUAUGGUGGCUGACCAUCCCAAUCCCAAUCCCCCGGGCAAGCGUACUGUACUCGAAGUGUCGGAGUUGGUGGACACGAGGACUGAGCAGCCUCCACUCAAGCGGAGAAAGAAGAAAAGCAGCAAGCAGAGCAUGGCGCACCUGCUGAUGAAGAAGCAGGCGACGGCGGCAUGGUCCGACAGCUCGGACAAGACGGACGAGCACGAAGCCACGAUCCUGUCUUCUAACUCAGGCACACCGGAGACAGCAUCGACCCCAGUAGCUGAAGAUGACGACCGCUUCAACGCUAUGGACAUGGGCUAG